AAAUGUUUGGAAGAAGCAUCAGUUAGGCAAUAAAACUUACAAGAAAACAUGCCUCUCAUAUAAAGCAUUCCCACCAGAACUAUUUAAGUGUCGGAAUCGGUUCGCCCGUAGCUCAGAGGCAUUAAUGAGAAUAGUGAACGGUGCAGUCGCCAGAAAAGUUGAGCCUCUGUGUUAAUGAGUUGUUUUUUUUUUUAAACUACGCUUUGUCUACUCAGCAUCAGGAGUUUCUAACAGGACCGUGGACCAACUGGCACCCAGGAGACCGAUAACCGAUCCAAAAAGAGUUCAAGUGGGUGUGUGGUGUGCAUUUUGUGAACUGGACCGUCUAAAGAUUACAGUAAUCGUUGGACCGAGCAGAGCCUCUUCGGGCAUAAAUAGCAAGACUCCCACCGUCCCCGCUUGAAGACCAACUCAGCCGCCAGAAAAGCAGGUGUCCUCACCUCUGCUGGACUUCGGAGGAAACGGGAAAAUGGAAAACCUGACGCUCGUCUACAGUUCCUGCAGAGUUAUCUGGACUCUCCUUUUAACCCUCCUGGGUUACGCCAGCUGUCUGCCUGUGGGUGAAGACUCUGUCUGCAGGGCAGAGGAGCUUGCUAAGUACGGCAUAACCUUUACAGGGAAAUGGAAUCAGAUCGCCUUCCCUAAGCAGUAUCCCCUAUUCCGGCCUCCGGCUCAGUGGUCGUCAAUGUUAGGUGCCACACACAGCUCUGACUAUCACAUGUGGAAAGAGAAUGAAUACGUCAGCAACGGAGUGCGGGAUUUCGCUGAGAGAGGAGAAGUCUGGGCGUUAAUGAAGGAAAUAGAAGCAGCCGGCGAAAAGAUUCAAAGCGUUCACGGCGUCUUCUCAGCUUCGGCCAUACCCAGUGGCACAGGGCAAACGUCUACUGAACUGGAAGUACAUUCGAGACACUCUUUAGUUUCCUUCGUAGUGAAGAUUAUACCGAGCCCUGACUGGUUUGUUGGUGUCGACAGUUUAAAUCUCUGCGAAGGGAACCAGUGGAAAGAACAAGUUACGUUAGAUCUUUAUCCUUACGACGCCGGGACCGACAGCGGCUUCACUUUUUCUUCACCAAACUUCGCCACUAUUCCUCAGGACACAGUUACGGAGAUAACGUCUUCAUCUCCGAGUCAUCCGGCCAACUCAUUUUAUUAUCCCAAGCUGAAAUCUCUGCCCCCAAUUGCUCGAGUGACCCUCUUCAAACUUCAACAGAACAGAAUGGGCUUCGCACCUACUCAACCUGACCUCCCCGCCAUCGGGAAUGAGAUAGAUGAUGCCCUCUCAGAAACACCCCUGGAUUGCGAAGUUUCCCUGUGGUCCUCUUGGGGUCUGUGCACAGGCACCUGUGGCAAAUCAGGGACCAAAAGCAGAACUCGCUACGUCCGUGUCCAGUCCGCCAACAACGGGACCCCUUGCCCGGAUCUCGAAGAGGAUUUCGAAUGUGAACCUGACAAUUGUGUCUAACAGGUUUAGCGCACGGAUCGCUUAAAUGCAAUAGAUUUCCCAGAGCCGAUUCUUUGCUAGAAGGCAGUCAUUCGAUCGUAUUUAUUGAGCGCUUACCGUGCGGGGAGCACUGUGCUGAGCGCUUGGCGGAGUACAAUGGGACAUUAUAACAGACACGUCCCCUCAGCCAUGAUAUCUUUUCUAAUUCAGGGGUGUCGUGGAGUUUUACUGAACGUGGCUUUUAUGAGGCUGGGGAGGACAUUUACCGUUCGAGACGGAGAUGUUUUUGUUGCCUUUCUAAAUGUUUCCGCAACAGUUUCUCGCUGCAUUUUAGAAAGCAAACCUCCCCAAAAUUAUUUUCUUUCAAUCCCGUAAAUACUAGCAUUACCCUCUAGUGGCAGAAAGGAAGACUUUGGGGAUAGGGAAUUUCCUUUCUAUCAACAAAUCGGUCCAAAACAAAAUCUCUAAAUGAGACAGACCACUGCGGCUCUCGGACGUAAGAGUCUAGAUUCUCGGAGGUUUAUUUUGACCUUUACGGCUAAUUAUUACGUAGCUCUAAACGAUGAUGGAUGAUCAUUUAUUACCUUUGAUGUUGACCUUUCGGUAACCUUUUAAAUGCAGUUGGUCUCUUCGGGAAACACCUAUUUGAAUGUGGGUGGCCAGAGGUUUCGGGCUAGAUGGGAUGAUUAAAGGUCCUGUGCCACAGAACAGCAUAGUUACUUGCCCCGGGAUUGGAGAAGACACUCCUCUUACUGAGUUGGCGGAAGCACCUACGGGUGCUAGUGUCUGAGAAUCCGUUGUGACUCCGCCGGAUCUCUGGUGGGAUUCUUGAAACUCGUUCUUCGCUCCUUUGGAAUCGGCAAAUUACCAAUAAAACCAUCUUCGAACCGGACGGAACUAAAGGAUACUAGGGGAUUCACCUAAAGGGUUUUUGUUUGUUAAUGAUAGCUCUUGUGGCCAAUGAAUAAAUGUUUUCAUUUUUCUUCUAAAGUA